AUGUCGGCCUGUCAAGUGGCUUUGGCCCCUGAGGCUGGGGUGAUCGUACCCAAGAACAAGAUCGAUGACAGUCUUCUGAACAUCCUCGUGAACGACCCGGCGGGGGCGUCAGUUAUAGGCCUCCCUGUGCCCAACGAGCCUGAAAGUGUUACUGAAGAAAAGAAUGAAGCUGAUUUGGCUCAGCAGGCGGAAGUUCUCUCUGGAUUCCCCCGCCGUUACGCUACUGUUGAAGAAGUGGAUGAUGCUAUUGGCAAAAAUCGUAGCCGAUUCCUGACAGCACUGGCUAUUGGAAUCCUUACUGAGUUGUUCCUGUUCUCCAUGACCAUAUCCCCCUUCCACACUGGUGGCGUUGCGCGUGCUCUCGCCCAGACGUUGACUAAUGUCAGCAACCUCUGGAGGUUUACCAUCGUGGUCCGCGGCAUCUACGUCGCCACUCUCUUUGCGUACUCCUCGAAGGCAUAUUUCGCUCAGUCGGCAAAAAGCGGCGACUGGCGUGCCGUGUGCAACGUCGCCCUAGGUGGAAUGCUGUUGGAGUUGGUGUUCACGCUUCUUGUCAAGAGGCUCAACAUCAUAGCUUUCGUAACUAGAGGAUUGAUCGCCUUUUACGCGACAACUCUGGCGAGCAUCAUCGCGGCAACCAGCAGUGAAUACGUCGCCGUUACUCCUCCUGCGGCCGACGUCUAA